AUGGCUGAUGCUGGAUUUUAUCGAGGCACCAGCAGCGAACAAGAUAGCCGUUUUACAGACAAGGAACGUAAAUUAUUAAAGCAGAUGCGAUUCGAAGGAUCAUUGGACCAAAAAAUCUGCAUGGAUCGAGUUAAUUUGGAUGUUGUAAAGCCGUGGAUCACUGCGAAAUUGAACGCAAUUUUGGGAAUGGAAGACGAUGUGCUUAUCGAAUAUGUCUUUAGUCAGCUUGAAGAUAAAUCGUUGAAUCCGAAAGUGAUGCAAAUUAAUUUAACUGGCUUUUUAAAUGCUCGUUGUGCACGAGAAUUCAUGGGUGAACUAUGGUCGAUGCUUUUGGAAGCACAGAAUAGCGAUGAUGGAAUACCAGUAUCUCUAGUGGAGCAAAAAAUGAAGGAAAUACAAGAAAAAACGAAAGACGUCACUAUUUCAUCAUCAAAUGGCGCUUCUAUGGAUACAGCAAAUUCAGACUGGAAAAAUAGGUAUGAUUCACUGACAGGUGGUCGAUUUGGAACAAAAGAAAAAGAACACGCAUCUGAUGGCGGUAAAGAUGAUUUGAUGGGAUCUUUGAGAGAAGGAGAACGAAGGCGAGAUCGAGAGUCAGAUCGAAUUAAAAACUUAAGGAGUGAAAAAGAUUAUAAUCGGAACAGAGAAGAGCGUGGAAGUAGGGAUAGAGACGAUGUCAAAGGUGAGAAACCUAUUGGAAAGCGCGAUAAAGAAGAUCGUAUUGCAAGACGGCGUGAUAGUAGGUCUCCAAGACGUCGUGAAAGUCGAUCUCCAAGGAGACGUCGUUUAUACGACGAAAGAACAGAACGCAAAAAAGAUCGUUCUCCAAAAAGGAAACACGAAUCAUCUUCAACUGAUUCCGAAGAGGAAAAACGCAGGUAUGCUAGUGGAUUCAUUUAA